UCUUUCCUCUGUCUCCCGCUUAUGCCUGCCUUUCUGCCCUCGAUAACGAACCGGCAAGUAGGAGUGACCUGGUUGUGUGCGCUACGUGCAAAACCGAAACAGAAGGAGAUGUUAAGUACCAAAAUCUCAACAGAGCUUUAGAAAUCAGUGCCAGAUGACACAGGCAGUAGUGCGAACUGCGAUCAGAAUCAUUGAUUGAUAAUUUUGCUAUUCUAUCACGAUUUCAAGUUUAAGCAUAUCGUCUUCUGUUCUUGCUGCUGAAAAAAAAUAUUACAACGUUCCGGUGCAUGGUCAAAAUUGAAAGAGUUAUUUACGGAGGAGAAAACUAUUUCAGUUCCCUGUACUGUUUUUUGUCGUACAGAAGAGAACGUGGAACCGCUGCAGAUAUUGGAACACACAUCUGCCUGAAGUGUAAAGAACUUUAAAGUGCUGUAUUUCCAUCAGUCCAGCUGAAUGCCGACCUGCUCCCCCCCUCAUUCCCCCUGCCGCUCCCCCAACCGAGGCUGUGCUCUGUAAAUGAAAAGCCUACAAAGCACAGCAUGGUCAUCUCUGGAAGGCACAGUGAAGUGACAGGAUUGUUUUCUUUAGAGGCCAGAAGUGCUGUUGUUUUCAUUACUUUAAAAGGCUCCAUUGCAAUUGUACAGGGUGUUGGGAUCGCUCCACCAGACAAAGACAUUUCACUGGAUAAUAAUCUCAGACUAUCCAUGAGCUCUGAUUUCAAGCACUACAGUUUCAGGAUGCCUAACAUCGGGUUCCAGAACCUGCCCCUCAACAUCUACAUUGUUGUCUUUGGAACAGCCGUAUUCGUCUUCAUUCUCAGCUUGCUCUUCUGCUGUUACCUGAUCAGGUUACGACAUCAGGCACACAAAGAACUGUAUGCAUACAAACAGGUUAUUCAAAAGAAAAAAGUGAAAGAGCUUAACCUACACGAGAUAUGUGCAGUUUGUUUGGAGGAGUUUAAGCAGAAAGAUGAGCUGGGAAUAUGUCCAUGUAAACAUGCCUUCCAUAGAAAGUGCCUCAUUAAGUGGCUGGAGGUGCGGAAGGUGUGCCCCCUGUGCAACAUGCCCGUUCUUCAGCUGGCACAGCAACACAGUGCCCAGGAGUCAGGACCUCAACAGCAGCCUCUGCCAGGGGUGGAGAACAUGGUGUAGCACGUUCUGCAGACACUGCCUUACUUAUUACAAAUAUACACAUAUAUAUAUAUAUAUAUAUAUACACACACACACACACACACACAGAAAUAAGUGGUUUAUCUAUGCAGGCACCCACAACUUGUGAAUCUGCUGCUUUCUCCUGACUCUUGUGGAUUUCAUUGAACAAAAAACGAUGAACAAUAAUAAAAUACAAAUCCAGUGUCAGGGCAGGGCAUGGACAUUGUGACUCUUCGCAAACCAAAGCACUUUUUUUGGGGAUACCAGCGCAACAAUUAGAAUUUAGAAUUUAGAGUUAAUAAGAAAAAUAGUGAGGAUAAAUGUUUAAAAGAUUUUUUUUUUUUUUUUAAGGAGCACUUUAUA